CGUGUUUGGAAAGGAAAACAAGAAAUAAAGUAAGCGAAAAUGUCGUCUAGGGAAAAACACGGACUUGUCAUGGGGGGCGUGUGCAUCGGGAGAAGACGUCGAGGUACAUUGGUCCUCCACUUGCGGUACUUAACUGGCAUACUGGUAAUUGCUCCGUGUAUGUUUUACUGCCAGUCAGUGACAAUGUAAACUGAAAUGGUGCGAUGUCGAUCUCGUUCGUUUUGGUGGUCCUGAGGCACACCAACCUUGGCGACAGCAGCCACCGCACUACUAGCCUUCUGCCUCCUGUGUUGUUUUUGUUCAAAGUCACCGCCAGUCUGUGUUUGCAAGACUCCAAAGCAAAUACACCAACGAACAAUGGCGACAGAGGAAAAGGCAGCGGCCGUUGUGCCGGCAAAGAAGGAAACUGAGCCGCAAACCUCCAAGCUUGCUUCUUUCUUUAGCUUUUUCCACGCUCUCUUCUAUGCGAACCCAACAUGGGUUGACUACUUGCUUCUCACAGUUGGAACCAUCACGGGUGCUGCUGCCGGUACCCCGUUUCCAUUGAUGGGAAUCUUGUUCGGUCAACUCGUCGACAACCUCAACACUGCGUCGUGCACGACUGAAGCCGCUACUGUCGAUCCCCAAGCCCUUCAGGCCGAAAUCAACGACAAGAUUCUCAAACUUGUCUACAUUGCCAUCGCCUGUAUCAUCCUCAUAUACACUUACCUCGUCUGCUGGAGCAUCUUUAGCCGACGCCUAGAAGCCCGACUCCGCGACCGCUAUUUCCAGAAGCUGCUGCGUCAAGAUGCUACUUUCUUUGACAAGCGCCAGGCUGGUGAGCUGACGUCUCGUAUGAAUGCUGAUAUCCAGGCGGUUCAGUCGGCUACAGGCGAAAAGGUUGGUAUUUGCCUUGCAUGCACUGGCUUCUUCUUGACGGGUUACAUUGUUGCGUUUAUCAAGAAUGCGAAGCUCGCUGCUAUGCUACUAUCGCUGAUCCCUGCAUUUAUGGGCAUGGCCAUGAUUGGAAGUACGUAUACUGCAAAGUUUUCGACGUCUAUGUCGGAUGCAAUCUCGUCGGCUUCAUCUAUCGCUCAGGAAACACUCUCCCAUAUUGCCGUCGUCCAGGCAUUUGGCGCAGGUCCAAGGCUCGAGCGCAAGUUUGCCGCCAUGAUGGCUGUGGCCCAGCGAGAAGGUAUCAAGAAGGCGUGGACAGCUGCCAUACAAGCUGGAAUGUUGUACUUUAUUGCCUAUUCAGCAAAUGCAUUGGCCUUUUGGCAAGGUAGCAGACAGAUUGUCAGCUCUUUGCUCGGCGAAACGGACGUGACCAUUGGUCAGAUUUACACCGUCGUGUUUCUCUUAGUGGACUCUUGUGUUGUCCUUGGAUACAUCGCACCCCUUUUGCCGAUUAUUACUGCUGGCACUGCGUCUUUCCAAAAACUACGAGCCGAUAUCGACGCUCCAUCAGCGAUCGAUCCCGGCUCUGAAGACGGUGAACAUCUCCCAACAACAAUUCAAGGCGGUCUCUCAUUCCAAAAUAUUUCGUUUGCAUACAUCUCUCGCCCCGAUAAGCCUGUUCUAAACGACGUCUCCUUUGAAUGCCCAGCUGGAAAGUAUACGGCUCUCGUUGGGUUGUCUGGCAGUGGCAAGUCCACCAUUGCAGGGCUAGCCUCUAGAAUAUAUGACCCUACCCAAGGCACCGUCGCCAUUGACGGUCACAAUCUCACAGGCCUCAAUGUUAAGAACCUCCGCAGCUUCAUGAGUCUCGUUCAGCAAGAGCCAUCGCUGCUCGACCGUUCCAUUCUUGAGAAUAUUGCCCUUGGUUUACUCAACUCACCUUGGGAGCAGCAUCAGCGAUUCCAGUCCCUCAUUCUAAGCCCUGCCCUUGCUGAAAUCGCCGCUCAGGUGCGCGAUGGAAAGGAGUUUCACGCGACAGCCGCAUCUCAUAGCCCAGAAGCUGCUGAACUUGUUCGACUUGUUAAGGAUGCUGCUGGUUUGGCUGAUGCUGCUAGUUUUAUUGAACGACUCGACUGCGGAUAUGGAACAGGUGUUGGAAUUGGUGGCAAGCUCGUCAGUGGUGGCCAGCGUCAGCGCAUUGCCCUUGCUCGUGCUCUUAUCCGCGACCCCAAGAUUCUUAUUCUCGACGAAGCAACUGCAUCCCUCGACUCGGCUAGUGAGAAGCGUAUCCAGCGGGCCGUUGAAUCCAUUGCAGUAAACAGAACAGUCAUCGCCAUAGCUCAUCGUCUGUCCACUAUCAAGAAUGCAGACAACAUCAUUGUUAUGAACGCAGGCAAAAUUAUUGAACAAGGCACCCACACCGAAUUGAUGGCCAAGAACGGAUCCUACGCCGGAAUGGUCCGACUUCAGAAUAUUGAAGCUGAGCGCAACGACGAUACAACGUCUACCGCCAGCACCGUCCGUGUUGACCGUCAAUCCACCACUGAGAAGGAUUCCAUUGUCGAUGAAAAGAUUAGCAAGGCCACGGCAACUCCUAUUGAAAAGGUGGAGGCUCAGGAAACCGAAAGCACACCUGAUACACCCAACGAUGCCGAGCUUGAUGCUGCAAAGCCUGCUUCUGCGGUCGUCAAGCGCAUCUUGGGCUUGAUGCGCCCUCAACUUAUGUAUUUCGUGACAGCUAUCAUUGCUGGUAUCAUUGUUGGAUGCACAUUUUCUGCUGCUGGUGUUGUCUUUGGGUACACUAUUGGAAGCAUCAACCCAUGCCACCCAAUCAGCGAGAUCCUUUGGGCUGGUUCAUUCUACGGCGGCAUGUAUUUCCUCUUAGCAGUCGUUGAGCUUCUUGCAAACUCUGCCAGUUGGUCCGGCUUUGGAUAUGUCGCAGAAAAGAUGCUUUACAAAAUGCGAGUUCUGACAUUCCGAUCUCUUUACACUCAGAGUCUCGACUGGCACCAAGCCAGUGGGAGAACAUCCGCAUCGCUCCUCAGCGUCGUCACUGCUGACACCGCUGCUGUCGGUGGUUUUAGCGGCUCCAUUGCUGGUACAAUUUUCUCCAUUAUUGUCAACUUCCUGGUGGCCAUUAUCCUGUGCCAUAUUGUGGCUUGGAAAAUUGCCAUUGUCUGCCUUGUCAUUGUUCCCCUUCUCUUCGGUGCGGGUAUCAUGCAGGUCCGUUCUCUCUCUCAGUUUGAGCGUAAGCAUUCUAGUGCUUUCUCCAAUGCUGUUGGUAUUACUGUGGAAGCCAUCAACUCCUUUAAGACAGUUUCUUCUCUCUCUAUUGAAGAAGAAAUCCUCGCGACUUAUCGCCGAGCACUAUCUGGGCCCCAGAAAGAGAUGAACCUGUUUAGCGCGUACUCCAACUUUUGGUUAGCCAUCUCAAGCAGCAUCGGACAUUUGAUUUAUGCCUUCGCAUACUGGUGGGGAUCAUCUCGGAUCAAUGCUGGAGAGUACAACCAGACACAGUUCUUCAUUGUCCUCAUAUCCAUGCUCGUCAGCGCCCAACUAUGGGGCAACAUGUUCUCGCUGGCGCCAGAGGUUUCUCGCGCAAAGGCCGCUGCGUCUCGUAUUCUCAGCUUGAUGGACCUCAACACAAACCAUGAGAUUGAUGAGAACAGUGGCGAUGUUGAAGCCGCCGCUACUAGAGUCUCCCAGACAAGCGGCUCACCAAAGGGGUCUACCAUAACAUUCCGCGAUAUUUCAUUCGCAUACCCAGCUCGCCCUCACAUCUCUAUUCUCAACAACAUGUCGUUUACUAUUCCUGCAGGGCAAUUUGUUGGAUUGGUUGGCCCAUCUGGAGCCGGCAAGUCCACCAUCAUGUCUCUGGUGCAGCGCAUGUAUCGUCCUACGGGCGGUGUAGUCGAGAUCGACGGCGUUGAUAUCUGCGCUAGAGAUGGUACCGACUUCCGUGAUGAUAUUGCCGUUGUUCCACAAGACUGCGCCUUGUUCGAAGGCACCAUCAAAUUCAACGUCGGCUUGGGAGCCAGACCUGGCCAAGCUGCUAGCUAUGAAGAAAUUGAGGCUGCUUGCCGUCUCGCCAAUAUUCACGAUACUAUUUCAUCUCUACCAGACGGUUAUGAGACCGAAUGUGGUCCUAAUGGAUCGCGUCUCUCUGGCGGCCAGCGCCAACGCCUCGCCAUUGCUCGUGCUCUUGUGCGUCAACCACGACUGUUGCUGCUAGACGAGAGUACCAGUGCCUUGGAUGCAGAGAGCGAACGUGCGCUGCAAGAAGGACUGGAGAGAGCUUCUAGAGGAAUCACCGUCAUCGCCAUCACACAUCGUCUUCAUACUGUACGCAAGGCAGAUGUCAUCUUUGUUGUGGAGGGCGGCAAGGUAGUGGACAAGGGUAAACACGAAGAGUUAGUAGAGAGGAGUGAGUCGUAUAGAAUUAAUGCAUUGCAACAGAUGCUGGAUUAGUUGAAAAGCAUUGGUUAUAAUAGUUAUUAGAAGAUAGAUUGUAUAAUAUCAGAGGUUUUCCUUUACCCCCAUUACUUCGUAUCUUGCCACCUGUCGCCAGCUGGCAGACGACUGUCAACUUUUUCAUACCUCAGGCAACUUCCACUGUAGUAUCUAUGAAUAAGUAGCGAUUCACCAUAUAUCCUGCUGCUAUUAUUGCAGCCCAACGUUAACCCUCACGCGACCAUGGCUUCCACGUUACGCUCAGUGCGGAGAAGCCAGCAAAUUUUC